AUGACCGGCGGUGGCAAGUCUGGCGGCAAGGCCUCUGGCUCCAAGAACGCGCAGUCCCGUUCUUCCAAGGCCGGUCUCGCGUUCCCCGUUGGCCGUGUCCACCGUCUUCUGCGAAAGGGCAACUAUGCUCAGCGUGUCGGUGCCGGUGCUCCCGUCUACCUGGCUGCCGUCCUCGAGUACCUCGCCGCUGAAAUUCUUGAGCUGGCUGGCAAUGCUGCUCGUGACAACAAGAAGACGCGUAUCAUUCCCCGUCAUCUCCAGCUCGCCAUCCGGAACGAUGAGGAGCUGAACAAGCUGCUGGGCCACGUCACCAUUGCCCAGGGUGGCGUCCUCCCCAACAUUCACCAAAACCUGCUGCCCAAGAAGACCGGCAAGAGUGGCAAGGGUCCGAGCCAGGAGCUGUAA